GGCGUCUGAGCUCUCCGCUAGCUUCUACUUGUCCACAUUUAAGUAACAAGAAAUCAGUUUAGAAUUAUUCGUCGUCAUAAAAACAUUACAUGUACUUGGGUACGCAAUAAAUCGCUUAAACGAUACGCACAUGGUAAUUGUUGUACUACAACUACGUUGAAUGAAAUCCUAAUAAUUCGCGCAACGUUUGCGUAACGCAUGGUUGACUUAAGAAGACAAGAGGCUGCAAACCGGAAACCGUAGGCAGUGCGUCAAGGCCAACAAGCACUUUUAUACAAUAAAUCAAUAAUCAACUAUCUACAAGUGGCUUUGAAAAUGGCAACAGCUGAGAUUAGUGUAUGUACGACAGGUGGCACUACAUAUCCCACUGAAUUACAAUUAACAGAGGCUGACAAUAUUUUAGAGCAAAAUGAUACGAAAGUGAAUACAUUGGACGCUGCUGUCGAGCCAGAAACUGGAUUAACACAUGAGUGUGGUGUCUUCGGCGCCAUCGCCUGUGGCGAUUGGCCGACGCAAAUUGAUGUGGCGCACGUGAUUUGUUUGGGUUUAGUAGCUUUACAACAUCGCGGCCAAGAAUCGGCAGGUAUUGUGACAAGUGAAGGCAAUACUUCAAGAAAUUUUAAUACACAUAAAGGUAUGGGCAUGAUAAGUACACUAUUUAACGAUGAGUCCAUCAAGAAACUCAAGGGCAAUCUAGGCAUCGGCCACACACGUUACUCCACCUCCGCCGCCUCUGAGGUAGUCAAUUGCCAACCUUUUGUUGUACAUACGCUGCAUGGCGCCAUUGCUGUAGCGCACAAUGGCGAACUAGUAAAUUCUGAAUCGCUUAGGCGGGAUUUGCUGAGUCGUGGCGUUGGUUUGUCAACACACAGCGAUAGUGAAUUGAUUGGACAAGCGCUAUGUUUGUGUCCCGAAGGUGUCUCGGAACAAGAUGGACCAGACUGGCCGGCGCGCAUACGCAACUUUAUGCAAUUAGCGCCACUCUCCUACUCACUUGUAAUGAUGUUUAAAGAUAAGAUUUAUGGGGCGCGUGAUCCAUACGGUAAUCGACCACUUUGCCUUGGAAAAAUUAUGCCUAUCAAUGGCGAUUCGAAUGCUAAGCUUGAAGACGUGCACGCCGAUGGUUGGGUGGUGUCGAGUGAAAGUUGUGGUUUCUUGUCGAUUGGGGCGCGAUACGUGCGGGAAGUCGAACCGGGUGAAAUAGUGGAAUUGACGCGCAACGGCAUCCGCACCAUCGAUGUGGUCAAACUACCUGAAUAUAAGCGCAUAGCUUUCUGCAUUUUUGAAUAUGUUUACUUUGCGCGCGGCGAUUCAAUAUUUGAGGGCCAAAUGGUGUAUUCGGUACGCAUGCAGUGCGGUAAACAGUUGGCACGCGAGGCCUUAAUCGAUGCAGAUAUAGUUAGCUCUGUGCCAGAAUCGGGUACAGCAGCAGCGCAUGGCUAUGCUAGAGAGUCCGGCUUGCCAUUCGCUGAGGUACUCUGUAAGAACCGUUACGUAGGCCGCACAUUUAUUCAGCCAUCGACACGUUUGCGCAAAUUGGGUGUCGCUAAGAAGUUUGGCGCGCUUUCCGAGAAUGUAGCUGGCAAACGACUUGUUCUGAUCGAUGAUUCAAUUGUGCGCGGAAAUACCAUCGGACCAAUUAUCAAGCUGUUGCGCGAUGCCGGCGCAGCAGAGGUACAUAUACGCAUAGCCAGUCCACCGCUGCAAUAUCCAUGUUACAUGGGCAUUAACAUUCCCACACGUGAAGAGCUUAUUGCCAACAAUUUGAAUGCAGAGCAAUUGGCCCGACAUGUGGGUGCAGACAGCUUGGCAUAUUUAAGUGUAGAGGGUCUAGUAAAAGCAGUGGAAAUGAACAAACAAGUUUCUAGUCCGAAUAAAAGCGGACACUGCACUGCUUGUUUAACCGGCGAGUAUCCUGGUGGACUUCCGGAGGAAUUGAGUUGGUAAAUUUAAGGUAUAUGAAGAAAGUAGAACCAACGACUGAAUAAUAAUUUACAUUAUUGUUCUUAUAAAAUCUCAUAAGACGUACAGACAUAUACCGCGGAAUAUUAUUUAAGUGUCGCGAGAAAACGUUAAAUAUUUAUUCACCUUAGAAGUUGUCAAAAAUUUUAAAGGUUAUAAUUAUUGAUUUAUGCAUUAUAAAUAUUAUCUACACAUAAGUAUACUCCAUUUUUAAUUUAUGCUAUGUAUGUAUAAAAGAUAAGGGCCUUUAGAUAAAAGGAUAUCUUGCAUUUAAUUAGCUGUCUAAACACUAAAAGCACAACGGGUAUUUCUUAAUAAAAGUUUGUGUACUCUUAUAUUUACAAACAAAUAUGAAUGCACAUGUACAGUAUACGUAUACGUAUGAAAAAACUUCUGCACAAUAAUUUUUGGAAAUUAUUUAAUUUGCUACAUUUUUGUUUAUAUUAAGCAUCUCUUCAAUCAAAGUACAAUAAUAAAAAAAAAAAAAAUAAAUGGAAAAGCAACUGCUUUUAGAUUUGUUUAUCUGCGUAAAUUCAUUUAUGCGGAAUGACUGCAACUUGACAUUUCUUGUUAUUGCUGUUAUUCAAUGGAACAUCAUGUGAGGUAUUGGAAGAAUAAUGAUAAAAAUAAAUAUAGUUUCAAAUUCGUUACCUCUAAUAGAAAGAACAAUGACCCAUCGAGAAAAAUAACAAUUAUA